UUUAAAGUAAAAAUAUAUUUUUAUGAAAGUUAGAAAAGGUUUUAAAUGAAUCAAAAAAGUGUCUUCUUAUGCAUGGCAGAUCGUUUAGUAUCCAAUCAAUACCCUGUCAUGAAAGGAUAUUAUACUAAACAUUUAAUUAAUGAAGAGUUUGAUUUAGAUAAUAAAACACCAAGAAUCUGUUGUUAUUGUGGUGUAGUUUUUGAUGCCACUAAUAUAAAAUUCCGAAUACUACCCAAAAGGAAAAAGAAUAAAAAGUUAAAAACUUCUUUUAUUCAUAUAACAUGUAAAAAUUGCUUAAACAGCACUUCUUUACCUUGUUUCCAUCAAAAGAUUUUCAAAGCAAGAAAAAUUUCGAUAAAAAGACCUGUAAAAUUAAAAAUGCUGAGUUCGUCGACAAGCAUAGACUUGCAAUUAAGUGCAACACCUUCAUUAUCGAAGAAUUUUCUAACACCUUUGAAGUUAUCAAAGUCAGCAAAUUCAACACCGUCGUCAAGAUCUGCAGCUCUAUCUUCAUCAACAACUUCCGAUACUUUUUUAAAGCUAUCAAAAUCAGCCAAGAAGAAAGCAAGAACAAAUUCUUUUAAGCUAUCUCACCAAGCUAACCAACAAAAAACUUCCGCAGAACCCACAUGCAACCUGAUGUCGUUUUUAACUUCUCUUUGAAUAUUUCAACUGUUCAAAGUAAAAAGUAAAAUAAAUUUGAAA